AUGCCUUGCGUCCCGCUUGAGUACUAUCAGUGCCCGAUGCAGGCCAACCAAGUAGACUGUGGUGUCUACGUUUGCAUCUACGCAUCUGAGCUGGUUGCCCGUGGCUUCGCUAAUCUGGACGAUGGGCUGUCAGCCUUGCCCUAUGGUGGUGGCCUUUUCCGGAGGGGGAUGCGUGGGGACAUAGUCGAACAUGCACUCAAGCGGUUGAUCCCAACCCUGGAGAGGUCUGGAGUUAUGGUGCCCCACCAAGAUCCGCCGCUCAGCAAGCGCGUGAACAAGCCAGUGUCUCCAGAGCUGGCCGAAAUCGACGCGAAGCUGCGUGAUGUUGUCGGCGACAUCCACAACAUCACCUGCCGCGUGGGGUACUGUGAGAAAGACAUCACCAAGCUCGAGCUCCUGGUGGAGAGUCUCACCAGCGACUUGUCCACCACCCGCGACGAGCUCACCGCGUUGUCUGCGCAAGUUGCAGCCUUCCCAGCACCGCCGCAGCAGGGGCGUAUUGGAGGAGCGGGCGGACCCAGCGCGAGAACCGACGACCCUGCCACCCAGCAAACCCUGGCGCCGACUGCGCAACUCGAGCAGCAAGGGGAUUCUCAUCAGAUUCAAGCGGCCCACGGCGUUAUCAACAGGCUGCUGCACGGUACGACCGGCGAUGCAUUGACCUCGUCUCGUCGCGGUGCGCGCGGUGGAGCUCUGCCUGCCCCUUCGGAGGAUCACUCUGGGUGUAUGGGCCCGCCGCCACCGCCAUCACACUCUGUCGGGGGAGUGGGUGGAUCGGGGGAGUACGCGGGUGUUAGGCUCCUCCCAGACGGAACUUGGCAAGCGAAGAUUGUCCCUGAGCCCGGGUCAUCAAGGACGCUGAUUCUUGGCAACUUCCAAGACCAGCAGCAAGCGGCCCGCGCGUUCGCUGCAGCUGCAGCCGUGAUCAGGCGGAGCAAGCCACCCUGGGGUCGUGUGUGGCAGCUCACCGGCGAGGAGAUGGACCUGCUGGAUGGCUGCACGGCCGACAUCGUGCGGCAGCUCACUACCGCACGCGUCUGGGGGCGGUGGGAAAGGUGGCGCGUCGAGCUUGCUUCCCUCGGUGGUGCCAACCCCGCCCCUGCACCCCCCGCUGUCGUGGCAGCAGCGCCAACCGCACCCGCAGCUGCUCCAACCACACUUGCCCCGGCGAAUGCAGGCAUCGCCCCUCCUGCCGUGGCUCUUGCACCUGCACAGCCCACCCCUCCCGGUGGAGCUACUGCUGUGCAAGUCGGAACAACUCCUGUGCCUGCGGGGGUUACUCCCGCCCCACCAGCCCAUUCUACGCAAGCCACAUUGACCAACCCCCCUGUGCAGGCUGAUGUGGUGGCGUUUGCCUCGCUGUCGUUGCCAGAGAGCGACGAGGGGGAUGUGGGCAACAACGCGACAACCCACCCGCCAGGUAUUGAUUAG